UAGCAGGAGAAUCACACGUGCUUUUUGAAAGUUCAAGUGGUAUAGUUUAGGUUUACAAUUUAUGAAAGUCCUAAUGAUUUCAUGAUCACAUUUUCAAUUUAUUAUCAAUUAACUAUACAUGAGAUCUUUCCUAGUCUUUUUUGGUCUUGAAAAUUCAGUUUUCGAUAUUGUAGCAUCUUUCACUUGCGUUCAGCCUUUCACAUUCCCUUUGCAUUUGUAAAAAACCCUAAUUAUCACAAUCUACCUGUGAGAACUUGUUGCUAGAGUGCUUUCAAGGCUAUAGCUGCAUUAUAAUAGCUAUUGUUACAUUCUCAGCUUUGAAUUGCUUCUGUUCUCCUCAAUUGCCAAGAGUCAGCGCUGUAAAUAGAAAUGGCCAGAGUACAGGAAACAGCUCCCGCCUUCGAUGGUACUGCCGUCAUCAACCAGGAAUUUAAAGAAAUCAAAAUGUCUGACUACAAGGGCAAAUACAUUGUCUUGUUUUUCUAUCCGCUUGAUUUCACAUUCGUGUGCCCAACUGAGAUCAUUGCCUUCUCCGACCGCGUUCAAGAGUUUGAGAAGAUUAAUUGCCAGGUGAUUGCUGCCUCUUGCGACAGCCACUUUACUCAUCUGGCCUGGAUCAACACGCCGCGCAACCACGGCGGACUCGGCGAAAUUAACAUUCCUCUGUUGGCCGACAAGAGCGGAGCCAUUGCCAGGGCCUACGGCAUCUACAAUGAGAAGACCGGAAUUCCCUUCAGGGGUCUCUUCAUCAUCGAUGGACAGCAGAAGAUCCGUCACAUCACCGUCAACGAUCUGCCCGUCGGUCGCUCUGUCGACGAGGCCCUGCGAGUCGUCCAAGCAUUCCAGUUCACAGAUGAGAACGGCGAAGUGUGCCCUGCUAACUGGAGGCCUGGCAAGAAAACCAUGAAGCCGGAUCCCAAUGGAGCUAAGGAGUACUUUCAAAGCUCCUCCUAGGUUCCUUUAUUGAAGUUCACUAUUUUCAUU